AUGUCUUACGGAUACGGCGGCGACUCUUACGGCGGCGGCUACGGCUCGCGCGCUCCGCCUCCCCCUGGCGGCCACGGUGGCCACGGUGGCGGCCCUGGCGGCUUCGCGAUGGGCGGUCCUCCCGGUGGUCCUCCUCCUGGUGCUGACCCCACUCUCUGGAACUGGUUCACGGCCGUCGAUCUCGACCGAUCGGGCAUGAUCUCCGCCAGCGAGCUUCAGCGCGCGCUGAUCAACGGCGACUGGAGCCCGUUCGAUCUCGACACCGUCAAGCUCCUCAUGAACAUCUUCGACACCGACCGCAGCGGGACGAUCGGCUUCAACGAGUUCUCCGGCCUCUGGAAGUACAUCAAAGACUGGCAAGGCGUCUUCCGCCACUUCGACCGCGACAACUCGGGCUCGAUCGACGGCGGCGAGCUCUCCGAGGCCCUCCGGCAGUUCGGGUACAACCUCUCGCCGCAGCUCCUCGUCCUCCUCGAGCGCAAAUACGGUCUUAAAGGCUCUGCUCCUGCCGGCGGACCCCCCGGACGAGGCAUGCCGCCGUUCCCCGGCCAGGGCGGCGCGCCGCAGGGCAUCACGUUCGACCGGUUCGUGAGGGCGUGUGUGGUCAUUAAGCAGAUCACGGAGAGCUUCCAGCGGCUGGACAACGAUCGGGACGGUUGGGUGCAGAUCAACUAUGAUCAGUUUAUGCAGACUGUGCUCGAGCUGCCCUAG